UCCACCCGGCUAUAAACACUUCAUUGAGCAUGUGGCAGCCCUGCGUUCUCCAAAGCCCUUCCCAGUGCUCUCAUUGGCCCAGGGACUGUGAGAAACUCCAACACGCCUAAGACUCACACAUUCAUAUGGAGAUUUGGGUGUAUAAAUACAGGGCAGAAGCACAGGAUAUGACAGUUCAGACUUUACUGGCUCUUCAGACUGAGCAGAAACGCUCUGACUCUACAGCAAUGGCACCUACUGUUUUUGGACACCCAAGCAAGGAUCACCUGACCCCUGCUCAUAAGUUAAGAAAACCAAUGGUGGAGAAACUGCGCAGAGACCGCAUCAACACUAGCAUUGAGCAGCUGAAGUCCCUCCUGGGUCCUGAGUUUCUUAAGCAGCAGCCUGACUCCAAGCAAGAGAAGGCAGACAUCCUGGAAAUGGCUGUGUCAUAUCUGAGAAGCUGGCAGCAGCAGAAGCAGCAGCAGAGCAGGCUGACCUCUGGCGUGAUGACUGCAGGCGACGGUUACUCCCACUGCGUCCAGGAGGCUGUCAGCUUCCUAACUCACUGCGAGGUCCAGACCCAGGCUCAUAGGUUGCUCCUCAGCCACUUCCAAGGCCUGCAGGCAUCCAACAGGACCAACCUCAGGCCUUGCACCCUCUCCCCUCCUGCCUCCCCUCUCCGUCAUCUCAGCUCCAGUAAAGGUGUGAACCCUGCCAGCAGCGCUGUCUGGAGGCCCUGGUAGGAUGGAGGAAGUGUCACCUUCACGCAGAAAGAGAACUACGUCUGUGAACGUCAUGGACAGAAAGUUGAAGACUCACUGAAGUCUGUCUACUUUUGCAUUGGCAGAAGAAUUAAUAUUGAAUGUUACUUUAUGUAACAAAAUUGGCACAAUGUGCCUGUAUUCCUGAGAAAGGACUAAAGGGAUUCAGGUUGUACUGAAUAUGAACACUACGUGUAUUGUUUUUACACACUUUAUAUUUAGAGUGCUCACACUGUGAUUGUGUAAAUUUUUCUCUUGGGGAAAACUAAUUCCAACUUUUUCUUGGUUUUAUUGUUUGUUUUGCAAACAUUGCUUGUAUUAACCACAUUGGUUUUAAAGCACUGAAGUGUUUGGACGCUGUGAUUUCUGUCUAUCCCUGAUACUGAGUAUCACUGACUAAUAUGUUUCAUCAGUUUUUUUCUUGAUGAGUAAAAAUAAGCCAUUAAAAGAUCCCAUGGAUCCAUAAAUAUUGUACCAUCUACCCUUUACUGUAAAUCCUGUAAGGAUUAUUCGUUACAAUUUAUGAUGACUAUUUUUAAGCAUCAUUUAGUCUUAUUGUAAAUGAAUGUGAUGACAUUCCAGCUGAAUUUUGUCUACUUGAUAGAUGUUUUUUUAUUUUCUUCCAGUAACAAACCUGGAAUUUAUCCCUUUUAUAAAGGCAUUUCAUUUCAUUUCAAGUAACUUCUAAAAGAAUCUCGUGUAUUGCUUCCUUGAGAAGUUUUUUCUUUGAAAAUGUGAAGAACAACAACAACAAAAUAAACUGAACACUUCUCAUGAA